AUGACGGAGGUGAUAUUGCAUGUGUAUGAUGUGACAAAUAGUGGAUCGGAGAAGACGAACAACACUAUUUUGAACAUCAACAAGAUCUUCAAAGACGCUAUUGGUCUCGGCGGCAUCUUCCACAGCGCUGUUCAGGUAUAUGGAGAUGAUGAAUGGUCUUUUGGGUUUUGUGAGCAAGGAACUGGAGUUUUCAGUUGCCCUUCUGGAAAGAAUCCGAUGUAUACAUAUCGCGAGAGCAUUGUACUAGGAAAAACUGUCUUUUCAAUCUUUAAGGUGAAUCAGAUCUUGCGGGAACUUACUAGAGAAUGGCCUGGAAGCGAAUAUGACUUAUUGGCCAAGAACUGUAAUCAUUUCUGUGAUGAAUUCUGUGAAAGGCUAGGUGUGCCAAAACUUCCAGGUUGGGUUAAUCGUUUUGCCAAUGCUGGUGAUGCUGCCAUGGAAGUAGCAGGAAAUACAGCCUUCCGGUUUAGACAAGCCAAGACUGAGUUAGUAUCUGCCAGCAAAGUCGCGUAUCGUUUCCUUUUGGGGUCUGCACCUGACGAGUCCCCAGGAAAUUCAAACAGAGGAGUCCCUAGAUUUCAAGGAACCUGGUUUAAAAACCUCAUCACAAAUGGUGCCAAACCAUCCAGUAGCACAGAAGUUGAUAAUCAGGAUGAAGACAUCCUUCUUAAGCAGCAACGCAGUAAGCAAGGGUCAGAUCAACUAUUGCGGCAGUACUCACGGCAAGGAUCAGAGGUACCAACUCUGCAUCAGAAUUCACGGCAAGAAACCGAGGUGCCACCACUGCAUCAGAAUUCAGCGCACGAUAUAUGA